AUGCGACUCUCUAAAACCCUCGUCGACAUGGAUAUGGCCGACUACAGUGCCGCUCUGGACCCAGCCUAUACCACCCUGGAGUUUGAAAAUGUGCAGGUGUUGACCAUGGCCAACGACACAUCCCCAUCUGAAGGCGCCAACCUCAACUCAUCCAACAGUUUGGGCGUCAGUGCCCUCUGUGCCAUCUGUGGAGACCGGGCCACAGGCAAACACUACGGAGCCUCGAGCUGUGACGGCUGCAAGGGAUUCUUCAGGAGAAGCGUGAGGAAGAACCACAUGUACUCCUGCAGGUUUAGUCGGCAGUGCGUAGUGGACAAAGACAAGAGGAACCAGUGCCGCUACUGCAGACUUAAGAAGUGCUUCCGGGCUGGCAUGAAGAAGGAAGCUGUCCAAAAUGAGCGGGACCGAAUCAGCACGCGGAGAUCAAGCUACGAGGACAGCAGUCUGCCUUCCAUUAAUGCGCUCCUGCAGGCAGAGGUCCUGUCUCAGCAGAUCACAUCUCCCAUCUCUGGGAUCAAUGGUGACAUUCGGGCAAAGAAGAUCGCCAACAUUACGGAUGUGUGCGAGUCCAUGAAAGAACAGCUGCUAGUUCUGGUCGAAUGGGCCAAGUACAUCCCAGCCUUCUGUGAGCUCCUUCUGGAUGACCAGGUGGCCCUGCUCAGAGCGCAUGCCGGCGAGCACCUGCUGCUAGGCGCCACCAAGAGAUCCAUGGUGUUCAAGGACGUGCUGCUCCUAGGCAAUGACUACAUUGUCCCUCGGCACUGCCCAGAGCUAGCAGAGAUGAGCCGUGUGUCCAUUCGUAUCCUCGAUGAGCUGGUCCUGCCCUUCCAGGAGCUGCAGAUCGAUGACAAUGAGUAUGCCUGCCUCAAGGCCAUCAUCUUCUUCGACCCAGAUGCCAAGGGACUGAGUGACCCGGGCAAGAUCAAGCGGCUGCGGUCGCAGGUGCAGGUGAGCCUGGAGGAUUACAUCAACGACCGCCAGUACGACUCUCGGGGCCGCUUCGGCGAGCUGCUGCUGCUGCUGCCAACCCUACAGAGCAUCACCUGGCAGAUGAUCGAACAGAUCCAGUUUAUCAAGCUCUUUGGCAUGGCCAAGAUCGACAACCUGCUGCAGGAGAUGCUGCUUGGAGGGUCUGCCAGUGAUGCACCCCAUGCCCACCACCCCCUGCACCCUCACCUGAUGCAGGAACACAUGGGCACCAAUGUCAUAGUUGCCAACACGAUGCCCUCUCACCUCAGCAAUGGACAGAUGUGUGAGUGGCCCCGACCCAGGGGGCAGGCAGCCACCCCUGAGACUCCGCAGCCGUCACCACCAAGUGGCUCAGGAUCUGAACCCUACAAGCUUCUGCCAGGAGCCAUUGCCACCAUUGUCAAGCCUCCCUCUGCCAUCCCCCAGCCAACUAUCACCAAGCAAGAAGUCAUCUAG